UCGGUGUGAGUGAGUGUGUGUGUGAGUGAGUGUGUGUGUGUGUGUGUGUGUGUGCGUGGGGCGUUCACUUUUUCUCCUGCCACAGUAGCAACACUUGCAGCAGCGUCAGCCCAGGACAAAAGGCUAAACGCAGCAGAGCCACAGGAGGGGAAACUCAGGGAUAGAAGCAGGCGGAGUGGCCCAGCGUGACUGCACAUCUCAGGGAGGAGCUCAACCUGCAUUUAGCCCUCCAGGCCGUGAAGUGAGGAAAGGACAGAGCUCUGUUUACCGGUCCAGGCUGCCUGCCAGCCUCUUCGCCCGAGCUGAAGAGCACAGCCCGAUACUGACAGUGACUUUCACUUUGUUUUUCCACAUACACCUCAGUCUGUGUCAUCCAGCGUCUAGCCUUCCUUCACCUGGACGUCCUUCCCUUCCAUCCACCUGUCCUCCAAGAUGUCAGAGGAUGACUGCCUCUCGCCCAUUGGCCUGGACUGCUGCAGUUGCUGCCUGGACCUGGCCAACGGCUAUGAUGACUCCAUGUCCGGGGGUCCGGCUCAGGGCCUCCAGGGCACCAGGGGGGCCCUGCCUGGAAGCCCAACAAGUCCCAGUGUCACCCACUUCCGCCAGCUCCGCAACCAGCUGGUGUACCAGAACCUGAACACAGACAAGCUGAACAACAUCAUGAGGCAGGACUCCCUGGAGUCGGUGGUUAGGGACCCAUGCUUCCUUUUCAACGAGGGCAUCUGCAACAGCAACAUUGACCAGACCAUGUUGUCCAUACUGCUCUUCUUUCACAGUGCCUCUGGCGCUAGCGUUGUGGCCAUUGACAACAAGAUCGAACAGGCAAUGGAUCUGGUCAAGAACCACCUGAUGUACGCGGUGCGCGAGGAAGUGGAGAUCCUCAAGGAGCAGAUCAAGGAGCUGGCGGAGAAGAACAACCAGCUGGAGAGGGAGAACUGCCUGCUGAAGAACCUGGCCAGUCCGGAGCAGAUGGAGAAGUUCCAGUCCCGCAUUCCGGCCGAUGUGCUGCUACCGCUGGACAACCAGAGCGCCCAGGUGACUGCGGAGCACCCCCACCAGCAGCCGCACACCUGCAGCUACAUCGCUGGCUCUGCUGUAUAAGUGGCUCUGCCUUGGGGCGGGCAGGGCCACUGUCUCUUUACAGUAAUGGACCUCCAUUUUGAAUGAAAGUGUUACAAAUUCGCCUGCUGAGAGCCCUUCUCACAGUGAAGGAGAAGCACCGGGGCUGUAAAUGACCGAUGGGACACAAGAGAACUGCCGACACUGACGAGCACAAAACAGAACCUGGGUGGGACGCUCUGACCCGGGACGCGCUGCCAGGCCCGUCUUCUGAUUCCGUCCAGCUCUUUGUCGUCAGUCUCUCUUUUUGUAGACAAAAGCGCUGAGAAAUAGAGAGUGGUCUGACUUAGUCGCCGCUGAGCGCUUGCUUUGAGACAGACAGAGGGAGAGUGUGGGGGGGGGGGCAUUCCCCUGCCUGGCCGAACCCUUCCAGCCAUCACCCUUAUGCACUAGAGAGAAGGGAAAGGAGGAGGAGGGUGUUGAGUGGGCUGGCCCUGCAGGUGCCAAGUUGUGUGCGAGAGGGAAAGUUGAUUCCCUGCUCGCAGAAAGGAGACCCGUGUGUGAGACGUUCCUCCAAGUCUCCAGGAAGAAGAAGAAGAAGAAGAGAGCUCCUUCAUGCAGAUCUGUCCAGUCACGAAACAUACAAGUUUCAAAGGACUCUCCCUGCCACAACAUUUCAGCCACAUCACUUUUCGGACUUUCUCCUGUACAUGCAAUGUGUUGCUCAUUUGUUCAUGUGCGUUUUAUUCAUGCCUAAAAAAGAAUAAUCACCAGGAUGAGCUGUCGCGGAGGCCCGGCAGUAGAAGCUGCCGGUCGGAGCUGCCGGUCGGAGCUGCCGGUCGGAGCUGCCGGUCGGAGCUGCCGGUCGGAGCUGCCGGUCGGAGCUGCCGUGGACUGCUCCGUGUGCUGUCAUGAUUCACAACGUGUAAUCUCGUACUGUCUGCAGUUGGGGCUUGCUGCUUAUGGGGGAAGUUAAUCCUGCUAUCUCUGCUGUUUUUGUUUGUGAUUCGAAACAAAACUCAGUUGUUGUAAAAUAGGAGCAUUGUACAGUGGUCUUAAAAAGAUGUUAUAUAUAAAUAAAUAAAUAUAUAUAUAUAUAUAAAUAGAUGUAUAAAGUAGGGCGCGACAGGCAUAUCUGCUCGCCCUGUUUGCCUCGCUCUUAAAAGUAAAAGGAAAACUACAUUGUACAUAAGGUCGAAACCUCAUGAGGUUUAAACGUAGUGGAGAAGGCGAGGAAGCGAACCACAGCUUUCCUCGCUGAAGAUGCACUCCUGCAUUUUUUUGUUUUUGUUUUUUAGCAUCGUCCAGUAUCUGGUCCAUUUUUAAAACUUUGCUCAGAUGCCGACUUGAAAACGAUGGCAUCACAACAGUGCCUGUCUGUAGUGAGGGAGGAUUCGAACUCUGCUGUCGUUGUUUUACUAGCUACCAAAGACUUUUGCCUGUUUGUUUGUUUCUGAACAACAGAAAAACCAGGACCACGUGUGAAACUUCACAGGGAGAAGUUGUGUUCGUAGCUAGUGCUAAAGUGUCUAUGUGUUUUGUAAAGAUAAUGGUGUUGUUGCUGUACAGUAUCCUGGAGAAAUGGUUGCUCACUGACGUGUUUGGAUACAGCUGCACAUUUUGCAAUAAACCUUGUGUUUACAUGACGCAA